AGCCCACAAGAAGAACCCAUCUUUCUCUCCGCGCCUUCCCACUUUCCACGUUUACUUUCCUUUCCGAGAGCGCGCAGCCAAUGAGUCAAACUCCCGGCAAACUCAGAACUCUCCUCUCCAAAUUUCGCUGCUACAUCGGUUUCGCCACUGCCUCCACCGCCGUCGCUUCCGCUUCACUCUCCACCUCGGUCGCCGGCGCAUCCAUGGAGGAGAUCAAGACCCGCGUUUGCAUCAUCGGGAGCGGCCCCGCCGCCCACACCGCCGCAAUCUACGCCGCAAGAGCCGAGCUCAAGCCCAUCCUCUUCGAAGGCUGGAUGGCCAACGACAUCGCCCCCGGUGGCCAGCUCACCACCACCACCGACGUCGAGAACUUCCCCGGAUUCCCCGAAGGAAUCAUGGGCGGAGAGCUCAUGGAUCGCUGCCGUAGCCAGUCCCUCCGAUUCGGCACCCAAGUCUUCACCGAGACGGUAAACAAGGUCGAUUUCUCUUCCACUCCUUUCAAGAUCACCACCGAUUCGAAGACCGUCGUCGCCGAUACCGUCGUGGUUGCCACGGGGGCGGUAGCCAAGCGCCUCCACUUCUCCGGGUCGGACACUUUCUGGAACCGGGGAAUCUCCGCGUGCGCGGUGUGCGACGGCGCCGCCCCCAUUUUCAGGAACAAGCCGCUGGCCGUGAUCGGAGGUGGGGAUUCGGCGAUGGAAGAGGCGAAUUUCUUGACCAAGUACGGGAGCAAAGUUUACAUCAUUCACAGGAGGGAUACUUUCAGGGCAUCCAAGAUUAUGCAGAACAGGGCUCUGACGAACCCUAAGAUUGAGGUGCUGUGGAAUUCGGUGACGGAGGAGGCUUAUGGAGAGAGGUCGCUUACUGGGUUGAAGGUGAGGAACAUGGUGACAGAUGAAGUCUCCGAUUUGAAGGUUUCUGGGUUGUUCUUCGCCAUUGGUCAUGAACCAGCUACCAAGUUCUUGGAUGGGCAGCUGGAGCUCGACUCUGAUGGCUACGUUUUGACCAAGCCUGGAACUACGCAGACUAGCGUUCGUGGGGUUUUUGCUGCUGGUGAUGUUCAGGACAAGAAAUAUAGACAGGCUAUAACAGCAGCUGGCACUGGUGGUGCAUGGCAGCAUUGGAAGCAGAGCAUUUCCUGCAAGAGAUUGGCGCCCAAGAGGAUAAGAGCGAGCCAUCUAUAUAAGAUGUGAAAAGGAUUUGUGCUUAUACUGAAGAAAGAAGGAUACUCAUUCUGAUUGCUUGAUUUGUUGUUAAAGCUUGGUGAUCAGCCCGAAUGUAUUUGAGAGGGGUUGUUUAAACAUUCCUCUAAUCACAUUAUGUAAGGCGCAAGGCCUUGAGUGUCGGAUUCUGCUUUCUAUUCAGACAUUGCAAAAGCUUAAGUUGGCACUAGAUUGAGUAGACAUUUUACAGUUCUGCGUGGUUCUACGCAGCAAAGUAAUAUUUGUGUCAAGUUUUCAGUUCACAUGAGAAAGAUGGAGGCGCGAAUUUAUUCAUGCAUGUCACUGAUUGAGCUU